AUGGACGAUCCAGAAUCUGAGGCAGAUCGACUUGCCCGGUUUCUUGGACUCUGUCGAAGAUUCGACUAUAUGAAGGACCCCGUUGUCUGGGACAACGUCCAACGAAAUCUGAACACGGUAAUGGAGAUGAUUGUGGAGGUGAUGCGGCCUUACCAGCCUUUCAAAUUCAAUCAUAUGGAGCUGGCGCUCAUCUUCGUUGCCUGGCUCAUAAAGAGCAAAAAGGUCAUAUAUCGUGACCUCCCCAACCUUUCGGGAGAAAUUUUGGUGAAGACAUGGCUCGAAAUGACGGCCUGGUUGGCCAUCAUCUACGCUAAGGGUGGAAUACAUUUCGAACCGAUCAAGGUCUCAGCCCGAGAGGCUAGGUUCAAUUCAGAGAUCGCCAAGAUGAAAGAUCACUUGGGUGUUUUUGAUCAUUGA